AUGGAUCAUAUUCGACAAACCUUUGCUCAGAGCAAGAGAAAGGGCCGGCCAGUGUUGGUAACCUUUGUCACGGCUGGCUUCCCUACGCCAGAGGAAACCCCAGAUAUCAUGCUUGGAUUACAGGCCGGUGGUGCAGACAUCAUUGAGCUGGGCCUACCAUUCACCGAUGCCAUGGCUGAUGGCACGUUGGUGCAACAGGCUUCAAUGACGGCACUUAAGAAUGGGGUCAUGGUGCAUUCAAUUGCUCUCAUGGUCCAGGAGGCGCGGAGCAGAGGUCUUCAUAUUCCCAUCCUGUUUAGCGGGUAUUAUAACCCGAUCCUUCAUUAUGGAGAGGCGAGGUUGGUAGCCGACUGCAGCAAGGCAGGAGUUGACGGUUUCCUCGUCGUCGAUCUACCAGCAGAGGAUGCGGUACGAUUUCGGAAUCUGUGUGUUGGUGCUGGUUGCUCAUAUAUUCCAAUUAUUGCGCCGUGUACCCCAGAUGACCGGGUCCAAAUGUUGUGUUGCAUGGCGGACACAUUUGUCUAUCUCGUUUCUCGUAUGGGUGUCACCGGCAUGAGAAGUGAAUUGGACAGCGAGUUGCCAGACCUGAUUAGGAGGGUAAAGAAGCUCGGGGGUAACCCUCGCGUAGCCGUUGGAUUCGGGAUAGCUAGUCGCGAUCAGUUCCUCAAGAUUACCUCUAUCGCCGAUGGCGCGAUCAUCGGGAGUUGCUUGCUCAAAGACCUCGCCCGCGCCCCUCCAGGGAAAAGACCACAAGCAGCAAGGCAAUUCUGUUUGCGAAUGCGAGGGGUCAAGGAUCAUUAUGACGGCUCUAUAAGCCUAGGGCGGGAUGCUACUAAGACUUCCCCGGAGCAGUCAACGCCACGUUUUCGAGAUAUUCCAGGCCCCUAUGGCGGGCAAUACGUCCCAGAAGCAAUGGUGAAAUGUCUCUCGGAUCUGGAGACUAGUUUCAGGGAAGCAGUAAAGGAUCCACAGUUCUGGGAGGAGUACGAGUCGUUUUCCCCAUAUGUGGGACGCCCAUCGGGUCUGCAUAAAGCCCCCCGCCUUAGUGCCUUUGCGGGAGGGGCCACGAUCUGGCUGAAGCGGGAAGACCUCAACCACACUGGGUCACACAAUAUCAACAAUGCACUUGGACAGAUUCUCCUCGCCCGUCGGUUGGGAAAGACCAACAUCAUUGCGGAGACCGGAGCGGGAUACCAUGGCCUUGCCACAGCCGCAGUAUGUGCCAAGCUGGGUAUGAAAUGUACCGUUUAUAUGGGUCUCCACGACAUGCAGCACGAAGCGGAGAAUGUAUUCAUGAUGCGGGCAAUGGGCACAACGGUCCUGCCAGUCCGAUCGGGGUCGGGGAGCAUGUGCGACGCCAUCGAUGAGGCCUUCCGAGCCUGCAUUGCUGAUAUCAACAAGAGCUAUUAUGUGAUCGGGUCCUCUGUCGGUCCGCAUCCUCUUCCGACCAUCGUCAAGACCUUCCAAUCGGUGAUCGGCAAGGAGACCAAGGCCCAGUUCCGAGAACAAACUGGCAAACUGCCGGAUGCAGUCGUGGCAUGUGUCGGUGGAGGUUCAAAUGCACUGGGCAUGUUCAGUUCCUUUGUUGAGGACAAAUCAGUCCAACUGGUCGGUGUCGAAUGCGAGGCAGAGACUGCAGCUUUAUCUGGUGGCUCUGUCGGGGUUCUCCACGGCAGCAAGACUUACAUUCUGCAGGAUGAAGGCGGUCAGACUCGCAAGCCACAGUCGCUCUUCAUGGGAAUGAACUAUCCGGGAGUAGCGCCGGAGCUGGCGAGCUGGAAAGACUCGGGUCGUGCCACCUUCCUAACUGCUACGGGGACUCAGGUCCUGGAAAGAUUCCGGAGAAUGAGCGAGCUGGAGGGGAUCGUCCCCGCGCUGGAAUCCUCGCAUGCAAUCUGGGGCGCGAUGCACAUGGCGAAGCAGCUGGGGCCGGGGAAGAACGUGGUUCUUUGCGUCAGUGGCCGAGGGGACAAGCAGGUACAGACCGUGGCGGAGGAAUUGCUUCUUUUGGGGCCGGAAAUUGGGUGGGAACUGCCGGGACGAAUCCACAACGCUCAAUAG